ACUAUCACACCAGUUGUUCUCAUAGUUCAACAUCUGUUUGCUAUUGAACACGAACAUGCAUUGUUCAAAUCGCUAUUGCACUUGUCAAGGUUAAGAUCUUACCAUUCACUAUAUUCAUUAUUUCUACUCCCACUAAUUUAUCAGGAUUGACCACCCACCUUUAGUUGACCAUCUUAUCAGCUCCUAUUCAGACUUGUGCAGUUGAUGGUCAGAACCACUUGAUGUAAGCCACCUGUGAAAGAAUAUCGUCCACUACAAAGUCAUUAGUAUAUGAGUAUAGGAAUAGAUAAGCAACUGAGUUCUCUGUAGAGAAGAAAUUUAGUCUAAGAAAUAUUUAAAUUAAAUUUCGAAUUCGUACGUUUGUUGAAAAAAAAAAGACUUGUGAAACAUUUUACUUUCUUAAAGCUAUGGCCGAGCAGAAUGUGAAGCAAUUACUGAGAACUGAGGCUGAAUAUACAUUCAUUGAUUUAAUGGACGAAGAAUUGGAAAUGAUGGGAGAAGAGCUAUUACAUGUAAAACAAAUUAUUAAUGCUCGGGGAAAUCAGAGAAUGAUGACAAAACAAAUGGCUCCAUUGAAAGAGCUAGAUUCUGCUCAAGAGUCAAUAAUUGAAGAAUUCUAUCAAAGAUUAGAAAGAGAAUGUGAAUACAAUGCGCUGCUGUUAAAUCAAGAUAAUUUAGCGUCGAAAGUAGACAGAUUCGAAGACAUGUUAGAAGGAUUUAAAUAUGUUUAUCAAAGGAUUUUUUCUAAAGAAGCAGAAAAGACUGAAUUUCUAAGUGACCUGGCAAUCAAGCAGGGAUGGAUAAUUAAUGUUUUGGAAUUAGAGAUUAAAAGCGAAAAACAAGUCAGAGAUAAUAGAGCGAAAAAAAUUAAAGAGCAGAGAGAAAAAUUAGAACACUUGUGUAGUAAACAACAAGCUGAAGUGGAAGAUUUUCGAAGAAGACUUCAAGAGAGUGAAAACGAGUUGAGAAAUGCAGUAUCAAAGUUAAGAAAAGAAGAAGAUGCAACAAAAGAAUUGCUGUUUAAGAAUUCAAAUUUGAGCUUUGAUAUUUUGAAGCUUAAAAAACAACUGACUGCAGUUAAAUAUGAUUAUCAGAAGAUAGUUGGAGAAAAAGAGGAAUUAAAUCAAAGAUUGACUGAAGCUGCAUGGAAUUCAGCUGGGGAGCAUGAGAUGAAAGCUGCUGUGGAACAAGCAUUUGAGAUCGAAAAACCAGUGAUAUGGGAGACUAUUUAUGAAACUAAACUGAAUGCUUCCCGAAGACAAAUGAGUAAGAGAGAGGAGCGAGAUUAUCAUUCUCAUCAGCAGCUACGUAACAAGGAGAAAGAAUUGGAUGAAAUUUUAUCUAGAUUAGAAGGAGAAAAAAAAACUUCAAUAUACGAACAACUGCUAAAAAAUUUGGAGAGCUUAGAUGAUGAUGAUGAUCAAUACCAAUUACCGGUAUCAAGACCAAUGAAUUUGAAGGUUGGAGCAAGAAUGUGGGAAGAAAAACCGUCUGUUAGAAAAUGUCUGCUUAGAGAUGAAAUUUGAAGGAAAUUUGUGCUUGUUGAAUCAAUCAAAUGGAAGAUUAGAAGUUUUGAAACAGAAGUCUCUUCUGCAAUACAACGAGGUGAAAGUCUGCAAGAUCCAGAAUAUGAA